AUUCAUGUUUCCUCAAUGCUUUGUUUCUACAGGUAUGUUGAACCUCUCGAACAAGGGUCGAGCAGUAAGUUUGAAUUUGACAACAUGCUUGUUGGUCAAGCUAUACCAUCAAACUUCGUCCCUGCAAUUGAAAAGGGUUUCAGGGAGGCUGCCAAUUCGGGUUCUCUGAUUGGUCAUCCAGUUGAAAAUAUCCGUGUUGUUUUGACGGAUGGUAACUCACAUGCUGUUGAUUCAAGUGAACUUGCGUUCAAAUUAGCUUCCAUUUAUGCUUUUAGACAGUGUUAUGCUGCAGCAAAGCCUAUCAUAUUGGAACCUGUGAUGCUGGUGGAAAUGAAAGUGCCAACAGAAUUUCAGGGCACUGUUACUGGGGAUAUAAAUAAGAGGAAAGGUGUCAUAAUCGGCAAUGACCAGGAAGGAGAUGACUCUGUAAUUACUGCCCAUGUCCCGCUCAACAACAUGUUUGGUUACUCAACGUCUCUACGAUCAAUGACACAGGGAAAAGGUGAAUUUACAAUGGAAUAUAAAGAGCAUGCACCUGUUUCAAGUGAUGUGCAAACACAACUGGUUAACACAUACAAGGCCAGCAAAGAGAGUUGAUUAUAUGGUUUGCCUUUGAAGAAGCUUCUACACUUACAUCGUCUCUAAUAAUUUUUAUAAAUUUUUGUCCCCUUGGGUGGGCAUGUUGUGAAAUCAUUCGGACCAGAACUGGUCUAUCAAUUUUGAUAAGCUGAAUAAGACAAAUAAUUAUUUUUUAUAUACGUAUAAGUUGUGUAUCCCCCUUGAAAAGAAUUACAGUGCAUUGAUUUUA